UCGCAUAUUUGUGAUGCUCUUCUGCUUCGCAUAGCUGCUACGGAAACUACUACGAUUGCUAUUAAUCUUACGUUAGAAAGUCUUCGAGCUUCCCUCGCUUAUUUGUAUUUGAAAACUUACUCUUUAAGAACGCUAUCGCCUAUAAAAACACUUGAAUGCACGAAGCAUCGGCUAGUCGAUUUCCAGCUGUGUUUCAUUACGGACAAAAGUUUGGAGAUUCAGCGAGUUAAAAUUUUCCUUAUUUUAGACGUAUAUUGUUCCUAGUUAAUUGAAGGACCAACGCUUAAAAAAAAGGCUCGUCAACAGAAUCUGUUAUAACGAAUAUGAGGGAGUGCAUUUCAGUUCACAUAGGGCAGGCAGGCGUUCAGAUUGGUAACGCUUGCUGGGAGUUGUACUGCCUGGAGCAUGGUAUUCAGCCUGACGGGCAUAUGCCCUCUGACAAAACAAUUGGUGGAGGAGAUGACUCUUUCAAUACCUUCUUUAGUGAAACUAGUGCCGGCAAGCAUGUGCCACGUGCCGUUUUUGUUGACUUGGAGCCAACUGUUGUUGAUGAAGUGCGUACUGGUACCUAUCGACAGCUGUUCCAUCCUGAGCAGCUAAUUACUGGUAAAGAAGAUGCAGCUAACAACUAUGCUCGUGGUCACUACACAAUUGGCAAGGAAAUUGUGGAUAUAGUACUAGAUCGUAUCCGCAAGCUGGCAGAUCAAUGCACCGGUCUUCAAGGAUUUUUAGUAUUUCAUUCAUUUGGUGGAGGAACUGGCUCUGGAUUUACCUCACUGCUUAUGGAACGUCUAUCAGUUGAUUACGGAAAAAAAUCAAAGCUAGAGUUUUCGAUUUACCCAGCUCCACAAGUUUCAACUGCCGUUGUCGAACCAUAUAAUUCCAUUUUGACUACCCACACCACUCUGGAACAUUCUGAUUGUGCGUUUAUGGUUGACAAUGAAGCCAUAUAUGACAUUUGCCGUCGCAAUUUAGAUAUUGAGCGACCCACCUACCUGAACCUAAAUCGCUUAAUUGGUCAAAUAGUUUCCUCAAUAACAGCAUCGUUGCGCUUCGACGGAGCGCUAAAUGUUGACUUAACUGAGUUUCAGACCAAUUUGGUUCCCUACCCACGCAUUCACUUUCCUCUGGCCACAUAUGCUCCAGUAAUUUCCGUUGAGAAGGCUUAUCAUGAACAAUUAACCGUCGCCGAAAUAACUAAUGCAUGCUUUGAACCCGCAAACCAGAUGGUCAAGUGUGAUCCAAGGCACGGAAAAUACAUGGCAUGCUGUAUGCUCUAUCGCGGUGAUGUGGUGCCCAAAGAUGUCAAUGCAGCAAUUGCCACAAUCAAAACGAAGCGCUCAAUUCAAUUCGUCGACUGGUGUCCGACUGGCUUUAAGGUGGGUAUUAAUUACCAACCGCCCACGGUGGUGCCAGGAGGCGAUUUGGCCAAAGUUCAACGUGCAGUAUGCAUGUUAUCUAAUACUACGGCCAUAGCAGAGGCCUGGGCCCGUUUGGAUCAUAAGUUUGAUCUAAUGUAUGCCAAACGUGCUUUUGUACACUGGUAUGUUGGAGAAGGUAUGGAGGAAGGCGAGUUCUCUGAAGCCCGAGAGGAUUUAGCCGCACUUGAAAAGGAUUAUGAAGAGGUGGGAAUAGAUUCAACCGCCGAUGUCGACGAAGGUGAUGAAUACUAAAGAAUGUAAUAAAAUACAAGCAAAAUACAAAUUGAAAAAUAUUUAAAUCAAAACAUGACCGCCUAUCUUCGGUACGUCGAAGUUUACACACCUUUGCAGAGUCCACCUGCUAAUAUCUUAAUCACACUACACCCAAUUAAAAAUCAAAAAGUUGUUCAUACAAGCAUUAUCCUCCGACCUAUUAUUCCUAUUGGAGCUGAAUAAUAUAAGUAGAUAUUUAUAUAGAUCAAUAUAUAUUUG